AUGAGUGUGACUGACAGUCUGUCCUACUGCUCUCAGUCUGCUUGUGUUAGUCUGUCCUACUGCUCUCAGUCUGCUUGUGUUAGUCUGUCCUACUGCUCUCAGUCUGCUUGUGUUAGUCUGUCCUACUGCUCUCAGUCUGCUUGUGUUAAACUGUCCUACUGCUCUCAGUCUGCUUGUGUUAGUCUGUCCUACUGCUCUCAGUCUGCUUGUGUUAGUCUGUCCUACUGCCCUCAGUCUGCUUGUGUUAGUCUGUCCUACUGCCCUCAGUCUGCUUGUUCUGCUUGUGUUAGUCUGUCCUACUGCCCUCAGUCUGCUUGUGUUAGUCUGUCCUACUGCUCUCAGUCUGCUUGUGUUAGUCUGUCCUACUGCUCUCAGUCUGCUUGUGUUAGUCUGUCCUACUGCUCUCAGUCUGCUUGUGUUAGUCUGUCCUACUGCUCUCAGUCUGCUUGUGUUAGUCUGUCCUACUGCCCUCAGUCUGCUUGUGUUAGUCUGUCCUACUGCCCUCAGUCUGCUUGUGUUAGUCUGUCCUACUGCUCUGUCUGCUUGUGUUAG